CCAGGCUAUAAUAAUACAGUGGUAACUUUAAAAAUUUGUGUUCGGUGUCAAAAUUGUGCCGAAAUUUCGGGAUAGUGAUUUUCUUUUUCAAAUGUCUUAUAAUAGUUCUCCACCUGAUCAUCAUCAGGAUAAUAUGUUUCAGUAUGGUUAUCCUAAUCACAACUAUCAUUACAUGUCAGAUAGUGGGAGUGCUGCUGGCGGCGAUGAUACAAAUUUUUGGUCAAAUAGCCCAUCAAGAUCAGAUUCUCCUUCACCUAGUAUAUUACAAAAUACUAUAGGAGGAACUUAUCAAAUAUAUGCACAAGUAGGAUGUUCUUCAAAUAGAUAUUCACCUUAUAGAAACAGUGAGUUUUCAUACCCGACUAUAAAUGCUGACUCGAAUUUGCAUACUCCAGGUCCAUAUGUAAGGGUAGUUAAAAGGAGAACGACAGCAAAUAAAAAAGAAAGACGGCGAACACAAUCCAUAAAUAUGGCGUAUGCAGACUUAAGAGAUUGCAUUCCUAACGUCCCUGCUGACACAAAACUAUCAAAAAUAAAAACAUUGAGGUUAGCCACCUCGUAUAUAGCAUAUUUGACGAGAGCGCUAGAAACGGAUGAUCCAGCGGGGGGUUUCAAAGCAGAGCUUGGUACAAUUUCUAGAAAAUCUUCAAACAACCUCGUACAAGUAAAUGAUUGCACCGCCGGACAAGUCUCUCCGAAAAGUGUCAGUUCGGAAGACCUGAACAACUCGAGGAAGGCAAAAGGACGUACAGGUUGGCCGCAGCACGUGUGGGCGUUGGAACUUAAACAAGAACAAGACCUUUAACCUGAAACAAGAUGCUCAGACGCUCAGACCUUCAAAGGGAUUCUGCCUAUUAGAUAAAAAUCCUAACAUGUGUUAUUUUAUGUCUGGAUUAAACGUCGUUUUACA